UUUCAGGAAGUUAGUCAGUUUCUCCUCUCUGCGUGCGCCUACUGCACAGAAGGUACCACUCUGCAGGGCUGCGUGCCGGCCAUGGAAUGAGAACUUACAAGGGCUGACAACAGGAAAACGUUGCCUGGAGGCUUGAACCCAAGGCUCUGCAUUCAACCUUUUGACCUUCGAGAUAGAAAAUAUGACCCUUCAGGCUUUGCUUCUGACCUGCCUUUUCCUGCUAAUCCUUGAUUCCUGGGAGUUCUUCACUAAAGCAGCUUAUUAUAGAAGAAGCUAUCCUUGUGAUGAGAAAGUCCAAGGUGUCUCUGUUAUUGCAGAAUGCAAUGAUCGUCGACUUGAAGAAGUUCCCCAAACUGUGGGCCAAGAUGUCACCGAGCUAGACUUGUCUGAAAAUUCAAUCACACACAUAACAAAUGAAUCAUUUCCAGGGCUGCAAAAUCUUACUAAACUCAAUCUAAACCGUAAUGCCAUGCUACAGCCCUACUGGGAAAGUUAUUAUAGAAAUAAAAAAGGCAUGAAUAUUACAGAUGGGGCAUUCCUCAACUUGCAAAACCUCAUGGUGUUACUGCUUGAAAACAACCAAUUACACAAAAUACCGUCCGAUUUGCCAGGGUCUUUGAGAAGACUUAGUCUAGUAGAAAACAACAUAAUUUCUGUAACUAAAAACAACACUUCUGGACUGAAGAAUUUGGAAAAUCUCAAUCUGGGCUGGAACUGCUAUUAUGGCAAUGUUUGUAAUAAAACUUUUGAAAUAGAAAAAGGAGCAUUUGAAGAGAUGACAAAUUUGAAGGUGUUAACACUAUCCUUCAGUAACCUUUCCCGUGUGCCCCUCAACCUGCCAAGCUCCUUAACAGAACUUUAUCUUAGCAACACAAAUAUCAACAACAUCAGUGAAGCAGACUUCAGGAAACUAGAAAACUUAACAGUACUAGAUUUAAGUGGGAACUGUCCAAGGUGUUUCAACGCCCCAUUUCCCUGUACACCUUGUGCAGGAGAUGCUUCGAUGUACAUACCUCCUAAUGCUUUUGAUAGUUUGACCAAACUCAAAUACCUCAACCUCUCUAGCACUUCCCUCCGGAAGAUUCCUGCAAGCUGGUUCGACAAGAUGCCUUAUCUGAAGGAGCUGCACCUUGAAUUCAACUAUUUGGUACAAGAAAUAGCCUCUGGGGAGUUUUUAACAAAACUGCCCAACUUAGAAAUACUUGACUUGUCUUACAACUAUGUAAAGACAGCAUAUCCACAAAGAGUUAAUCUUUCCCCAAACUUCUCUAAUCUUACAUCUCUCCGGGCAUUGCACUUAAAAGGUUAUGUGUUCCAGGAACUUGUAUAUGAAGACUUCCUGCCCCUGAUGAACCUCUCAAAUUUAACAACGAUUGACUUGGGCAUUAACUUCAUUAAGCAAAUUAAUUUUAGCAUUUUCCAGCAUCUCCCCAAUGUGAAAGUCAUUUAUUUGUCAGCAAACAGAAUAUCACCCUUGGUGGAUGAUAUUAGGUCAAGUUCUGCAAGUUUCUCCACGGUCCGAAGUCAUGUCCUUAAACCACGCUCAGCAGAUGGUGAGUUUGACCCACACGCGAAUUUUUAUCACAGUACCAAUCCUUUAAUGAAGCGACAAUGUACACAUUAUGGCACAGCCAUAGAUUUAAGCUUAAACAGUAUUUUCUUCAUUGGGAAAAAGCAAUUUGAAGCUUUUCCUAACAUUUCCUGCUUAAAUCUGUCUUCAAAUGGCAAUGGUCAAGCAUUAAAUGGAAGUGAAUUUUCAGCUCUGCCUCAUGUCAAAUAUUUGGAUUUUACAAACAAUAAAUUGGACUUUGAUUAUGAUAGUGCUUUCAAUGAAUUGCCUGAGUUAGAAGUUCUAGAUCUAAGCUACAAUGCACACUAUUUCCGAAUAGCAGGGGUAACACACCGUCUAGGAUUUAUUAAAAAUUUAACAAAGCUGCAAAUUUUAAAUCUGAGCCACAACGACAUUUAUACCUUAACAGAGUACAACCUGAGUAGUGAGUCCCUGAAAGAAUUAGAUUUCAGUGGAAACCGCCUUAACGUUUUGUGGAAUGGUGAAGAUAAGAGGUACAUGUACAUUUUUAAAAAUCUCAGGAACCUCACACAGCUUGAUUUAUCCUUUAAUAACCUUGUGCACAUCCCAAAUAAAGCAUUUAUUAACUUACCCAGGAGUCUCACUAAACUAUAUAUAAAUGAUAAUAAGUUAACUUUCUUUAACUGGACAUUACUCCGGAACUUUUCUUGUCUCCAGUUGCUGGACUUAAGUAGAAACCAUCUAUAUUUUUUAGAUGAUAGCCUAUCUAAGCUUGCAAAAUCUCUUGAGACGCUACUACUGAGUGGCAACAGGAUUUUCUACCUGCCCCCUGGCUUUCUUUCAGACAACAGCAGUCUGGUACACCUUGAUUUAAGUUCCAACCUGCUAAAAAUGAUCAAUAGGUCCACGCUUGAAAUGAAGGACAAGAACACCACGUUAACCCUUUUGAAACUAGAUGGAAACCCUUUUGAGUGUACCUGUGACAUGGGAGAUUUUCGAAGAUGGCUGGAUAAAAAUGUGAAUGUCACAAUUCCUAGACUGACAGAUGUCAUUUGUGCCAGUCCUGGGGAUCAAAGAGGGAAGAGUAUUAUGACUCUAGAGCUAACCACAUGUGUUUCAGACGCCACUGCGGCCAUAUUAUGUGUCUUCACAUCCUUCAUCACCAUCAUGAUUAUGUUGGCCGCCCUGGCUCAUCACUGGUUUUACUGGGAUGUCUGGUUUAUCUAUCAAGUGUGUUUAGCUAAGAUAAAAGGCUACCGGUCUCUUUCCACAUCCCAAACAUUCUAUGAUGCUUAUGUUUCUUAUGACACCAAAGAUACUUCUGUCACUGACUGGGUGAUCAAUGAGCUGCGCUUCCACCUCGAAGAGAGUGAGGACAAAAAUGUGCUCCUCUGUUUAGAGGAGCGGGAUUGGGACCCAGGAUUAGCCAUCAUCGAUAACCUCAUGCAGAGCAUCAACCAGAGCAAGAAAACAAUCUUUGUCUUAACGAAAAAGUAUGCAAAAAGCUGGAGCUUUAAAACAGCGUUCUACUUGGCCUUGCAGAGGCUAAUGGAUGAAAAUAUGGAUGUGAUUGUGUUUAUUCUGCUAGAGCCAGUGUUACAGCAUUCUCAGUACUUGAGGCUGAGGCAGAGAAUCUGCAAGAGUUCCAUCCUCCAAUGGCCUGACAACCCCAAGGCAGAAGGCUUGUUUUGGCAAAGUCUGAAAAAUGUGGUCUUGACUGAAAAUGAUUCACGGUAUAACAAUUUAUAUGUCGAUUCCAUUAAGCAAUACUAGCUGAUGUUAAGUCACGGUUUCCCAACAUAAUACAAAGGCAAAGUGAUGACCCUUCUGCUUUUGUAAUCUAUUGCUGUAUAGCACAUCACCCCCAAACUUAGUGGCUUAGAAUGGCACAGUUGGUUAUCUCAUAGUCUUUGUGGACCGGGAGUCCAGUAUGGUUUAGCUAGGUCCUCUGCUUGGGGUCUCUCAAAGGCUGCAAUCUAGGCAUUAGCCAGGGCUACAGGCAUCUCCUGGGGUUAGGAUCGCAGUCUUUAACAGACCCCAAACUCACACUCAUGUUGUCAUUUUCAAGAUUUGGUUCAUUCUGGACUGUUGGCUAAAGGCGGCUCUCAAUUCUUGUUCACAGGGACCUCUCCCACAUGGCAGUCUGCUCAUCAAAGAAAGAGUUUUCUGGCAAGGCAGAAGUGACCAUCUUUUGUAAUCUGAUCCAGGAAGUGAUAUCCCAUUCCUUUGGCCAUACUCUAUUGGUUAGAAGUAAAUCACAGGUCCUACCAGCUCAGUGGGAAUGAUCACCUCUGUCCCAGGAAAAUAGUCUGUGACCACAAUGGGUGGCUGUGAUGGCCUCAGUCAGAGACUGUGUGUCAGGAGGUGGGAUCUGUAUGAGUCAUCUAAGCAGUGGCCUACUCCACCUUCUUUUAAAUAUGUAAGAACUUUUGAAACUCACAACUCUUUCUGAUGUUAAGUUGCUGUUCAGAGUUAUCAUACAUCCAUGACUACACGAUUACAUUAUGCUGUGGUUGUGUUAGUCUUUUAGAGUUACUUUUACAAAUAUUGGCUAUAAUAUUUGACUUCUAAGGUUUAGAUGCUAUUUAAAGGCUGAAGUAGAUCAAUUUUAAGUGGUUUAUUAUUUUAUUUCUUUACCAUUUUUUAGAGUAUGCAGCUGAAUGAGAAGCAUUGGGAGUACCUGUGCAUCAUCAUUACUGUGACCCUUGAAAAAUUAAAAAUGCUUCCUUCUGCAUGAUGAGUAUAUAAUAAAUAUAAAGUAGGAAAACAGUUCUAGGAUCUAAAAGAAAUUGCCAUCUUUGCUGGGGUUUUUGAGAACACUUAAAAAGUCUUUGGUAGCAAUCAAAGGGGGAAGAGUUUUCAUGAAAUUUGUACAUUCCAAUAAUUAUUAACAGAAAAAUUAAUUCUCGCUUUACCCCCUACUCAGAAGUCAUAAAGUCGAAAUGCCUGUCUGUUGGCCCCUUUUAUGUUUUUCUCUCAAAUUAAACAACUGUGGUGCUCCCUGCCGUCUCUGCCAUCCCCUCGGUUCCUGUGCAUCCGUCCAUAGCAUCCUCUCUACCAUAGGUAUGAAUCCUGGAGAGACGCCUUAUGAAAUUUACCUGAGAAUAGCUGGCAAUUUUCCAGGCUUAAGAAAACAAAGUCCCUUUGGAAUGAAAAGAAGAAAAAAAUCUCCAACGCACCAUCCUCCCUUAAGUACAUAUACUCCUGAAGUCCUCUCUAUCAGCUCACUUUGCUUCUCUGUUUUUCUCUUGCAGCUGUUCAAGAUUUGCCAAAUCCCUGUUUGGCACUGGUCUCUGUCUGUUGGCCCCUGUUAAAUAAUAACCCCUCCUCCAAACUAUAGGUAUUAGAAUGCCUAGUUAUGGACAUGGCAAAGGAAGUGGGUGACUCUGGGCAAAUCAUUGCCCCUAACUGAGCAUACUUCCCCAUUUGGAGAAUGCACUAAGUGAUCUCCAAGGUGUUUUCAAAUAUUACAAUUGUAUUAGUUUCCUAGGGCUGCCAUGAGAAAGUACCACACACUCAGUGGCUUAAAACCACAGAAGUGUAUUGUCCUGGUUCCGGAGGCUGGAAGUCCAAAGUCACAGUGUCUGCAGCGCUCCUAGCCCUCGGAAGCCUGCAGGGAGGAUCCUUCCUUGCCUUUCCAGAUUUCCAGUGUUCGCUGGCAAUCCUGGGUGGGCCUUGGCCUGUAGCUGCAUCACUGCAACAUCUGCCUUCAUUUUUACAUGGUUGUCUUCCCUUGGUGUGUCUCUCUCCUUAUAAGGACACCAGUCAUAUUGGGUUCAGGGUCCACCCAACUCCAGUCUGACUUCAUCUUAAUUAAGUACAUUUGCAACGGCCUUAUUUGCAAAUGAGAUCACACCGGGAGGUUAGAGCUUCAACAUAAGAUUUGGUGGAAGGGGCAAGGGGAGCAUGCAGUUCAACCCAUAACAACCACCAUGGCUUUUCUUUAGAAAUUACUCAGAAUUCCAUGAAACUUGAAAAUGCCCUUGGGAAUGGGAAAGUCAUUUACGAUUGUUGUACAAAUAAAGGCAAUUUCCCUCUCAGCUCUGAAUAAAGCUGUUAUAGUCAUGUGGCCAGGUUUCCACUGUCAUUAUCCUUGAACUGAAAGCCAUAAUAAUAUCCAUCAUUUCCAGUGAGCACGGAAGAAGAUCACAUGAUUGUGUUCCCUUCCACAAUUGAGUGUUUUCAGGGAACGGGGGAAUUGGGAAAGCCCUGUGUGUCGGCAAUCAUGCUGCUGUUUUGCAGGGACAAGGCAAGGGAUCGCUGUGUUUUGAAGCUGAAGGGGGCAUCCCAGGACUUCCUGUGCCAAUGACCCAAAAUGGAAAGUGAUCUUUAUAAAUGUCCCUCCAGUGUGCAAAGGGAGGAGACUAGAUGUGAAAUUCUUCAGAUGUUAACAAAACAAAAACAAAACCCCACUUAUGAUGGCAGAAUAUUGCCAUCAGGACGCUGUUGAUCAGAACCUUGUUUUCUGGUGAAACAUGCCUUUCUAGGAGUAGGGAGAAAAGACCCCUCUGUUUUAUCUUCCCAGUCUUCUUCCCCUUUGGCAUUAUACCUGCACUGUUUUAGGGAUAACUUUGUAGUGAUGUCAGCAAUGACGACACCAGAAGCUCAGAGAUGACAGAAAGUGAUGUCUGGGCUGGGAAGAAGCACCAGAAUCCUCAGGCUCACUGUUGACAUUUCCACCUCCUUCCCAACCAUUCAGCAGCCACUCUUUUUUUUUUUAAAGAUUUUAUUUAUUUUAUUUUUACAGAGUGGUGAAUAGAUGGUCACCUCUCACACGCCCCCCACUGGGGACUUGGCCUACGACCCAGGCAUGUGCCCUGACUGGGAAUCGAACCAGUGACUCUUUGGUUCACAGGCUCAGUCUACUGAGCCACACCAGCCAGGACUCUUGAUUUGACCUCCUACAUUUCUCUCCCAUCCAUCCUCCAUCACCAUUAUCAAAACCUCUUGCCCAAACCACCAGCAUCUCUCAUUGCUUCCUGGCAUCCACUCUAGUCCCCCCAAUUCCAUUCUAGCAGCCAGAGUGAUUCUUAUAGAAGAUGUGCCUAAUGAAUUCAGUUUAAAAUUUUAACUCAUGAACUAGGCUCACAAGGCCCUCGGUAACCUCCCAUUUGCCUGUCCUCCGCCCUCCACUCUAAGCACCCCCAGUAAGAGCCUGUAGUUCAUGCCAAGAACAUACCAAACACCUCACUGCCUACAUGCAUGGUACUGCCCCGGGGCACCUCUUCCUCCAGCCUUCACUUAGUCAAUUACUGCUCACCCUUCAGGGAGAGGUUACAUGUCAUUUAAGGAGGCUUUCCCCUAACCACUAAAUCUUCCUUAGAUGCUCCCUCAUCAUCUCAGUAUUUAUCACGAGUUUUGUUGGAUAAGUGAUAGAGAAAUAGAUAGUGUGGUAUUAACACGUGGGUCUUCCAUUAGACUAUAGGCUCAAAAAAUGAGGGGAGGUGCCUUUUUUGUCCAUCACUCUGUCCCCAGUAUUCUUUAGCAUGCCUGAUACACAAUGAACAUUCUGGAAAAUACUUUUCAAGUGAAUGAAGGAAGGUUCAGACAAACUCCAGCUGCAGGCUAAGACAGAUGCUGUGUACGCAGGAGGGCACACUGCGACAUGUCACGCCGCAGCACCUGUGCAUAGGGGGCAGGACUUUUUCUAUCACCUGUCCUCCAUCAGUGGCAAAAAGUACUUACAGAAGACACACUUUCUGUUCUCAAGGAUCUGACUGUUUGGAAAUAGAUUAAAUUGGCCUUGUUCAUAUGUUCCAUUUCCUGUUCAAUGCCAAACCCAUUAUUGGAGGAGUAUCAACACAUAUCCCAGGAUCCAUAUAAAAGUUAUGAGUUUUAUUUCUGUUCAACAUUGUUCUGCCCAGCAAUGUUCAUUUUCCUGGGUCCUUUUCUUCUUAGUACAUUUGGGAAAAACUCCCCUUUCCCACUCCUAGUAGCAAGCAUGUGGUUGUCUCUUGGAUACUUACUGUACAGCGCCAAUAACCUUGGAUGCCACAGUGCUGAUUCCAUGAGGGUUCCAUUGUAAGCCUGGGAAAGAAUGAUUCACAUUCUUAUCUGAAUGUUGGCCUGGGGUUCUGAGCAAGUGCGGCACAAACGAAGAAGAAGGGAAGGGAAGAUGUCAUGAAAUAGAAGUGAGUUGAGAACUACUGUGUAGAGACCAUAAACAAAUACAUCAUAGUCAUGAGUCUGAAUUCAGGCUCACAGAAUGCAGUCCCUGGCUGGGUUAGCACUGGAUACUUUUGCAGGGGUGUCCAACCCGCGGCCCAUGGGCCACAUGUGUCCCAGCAUGGCUGUGAAUGUGGCCCAACACAAAAUCAGAAAUUUACUUAAAAUAUGAUGAGAUUUCUUCGUGAUGAUGUGUCACAAUGUAUUUAGUGUGUGGCCCAAGACAACUCUUCUUUUUCCAGUGCGGUGCAGAGAUGCCGAAAGUUUGCAUACCCCUGUGUCUAUGGCACCAUUCAAAGCAAAAUGUCCAUGUCAUGGUAGUAAGUACUCCGCCAAACAUGCUCCUGAGGUCAAAUAGCUUUAGGAACUGCUUGGUUAUUACAGUGUUUCUCAUAUGCAUUGUGCUCUCCAAAAGGGAGCUAGCUGUAUUAUAUUGCGUCCCAAACUUAUUUGACCACAGAUUUUCUUUUGGAAGGCACCUUCUCUUGCUCUUUGAGAAUGCUGGUUUGAAGGCUUGAUAGAGAUUCACUCAACUUGGAGAAUCCCUGGAAGUGUUUUCAGGCGUAUGGUGCCAGUCAUUAUUCUGAGGUACACUGUUCUGUUUUAAAAUCAGAAAAGAAAAAGAAUCCAGGCCAUGUGCCUUGAGGCCUUUAUAACCAGAUGAUUAGCUCCUUGAAUGGGUCCUACCGGGUCUUGGGCACAUCAUUGCUUCUAAAGAGAGACGUGACAACAAAGCAGACAACAAUCUAGAAGUAAAUAAUGAAACUGUAAAAAUGAUAGAUUCUUCUUUGGUAUAGGGCAAAGAGGUUAAUAUUCAUUCCUAAAGCAUUGUUAGCCAUAUAAAGAAUGUUUAGUACUCGACAUAAAGUGGAAACAGACAUCAUACUUCCGCUGAUUGGGCGAUCCUUUGCUGUGGCUGAGUGAACUAUGUAGGGUCCUAUUGUGCUUUCAAAGAUGUUAAAUCCGGUGGAAUUGACUAAAGCAAUUAGUCUGUGAUCUUAAAAGAAUUUCGGCUUUUGAAUCGGCAAACCAGAUCCAAUCCAGGUUGUCUACUAUUGAGAUAUUGUGUGUAUGUCAGGCUGAAGUACACAUAUAUGUGCACGUGGCAAAGUAUCUAUAUGUAGUCAAAGAUGGUGAUGACCGACUGAUUAGCUGUUAACAAAUUCAGUGGAUAAAAUGUAAAAUAAAGGGAGGGAAAUGAGAGCAUCAUGCAGCCAUUUCUCUAUUUUUGUUUAAA